GCGGUCGACAAUGGCGGGGCGGUUGCGGCUCCGCGGCGAGCGGCCCGUGACCGUGCUGCACCUGUGCUGCUUCGUGUGGGCGCUCUUCUCGCUCUGCCAAAACGUGGGGCUGCCGCACUCCCCGCGCCGGGACAGCGACACCACGUACGGCGGCCGCUGGAAGUACCUCACCUUCCUCAACCAGAUCCUGCAGAUGGUGCUGUUUGGGCUGUGUACGCUUAUCGAUGGAGUGCGCAUGUUCCUGCUGACCCGGCAGAGAAGCAUCUCCUGGCUACUGCCCCUGAAGGAUUUCAUCUUCUCCGUGCUGGUCUUUCCCAUUGGCCUGUUUGUAGCCAUAACAUUUUGGACCCUCUAUGCAUAUGACAGAGAACUUGUAUACCCAAAAGAGUUGGAUGAGGUUAAUCCAUCUUGGCUUAAUCAUACCAUGCAUACCACGAUAUUGCCACUACUACUUAUAGAACUGGUUAGCUGUCCACAUAAGUAUCCACAUAAAUUGAAGGGAAUAAUAGGACUCAGCAUCUUUGGUUCUUCAUACCUCACUUGGAUAAUAUGGGUAAAUCACACCUCAGGGAUUUGGGUAUACCCAAUUUUAGAAGUGCUAGGCAGAGCUGGAAAGGCACUGCUUUUUUUCACUUGCUACUUAGAAAUGGUAGGCUUCUACUUCCUUGGGGAGAAGCUAACAAAGUUGUUAUGGGGUGAGACUUACAAACAUAAGAAGUAAGCAUAGAGAGAUGCUGGAAAACAGAAGGUCAUACAGUGCAAAUUUAUUUAUGAAUGUACUGCAUUUUAAUCAAGAUAAAAUAUUUAUAUCAUCUGACACUUUUGAAACAUGUUUUUUCAGCUUCAGUAUUCAAUGCAGUAAAAACUUGUAUACAGAAAACAAGCAAUCUGUAAGGAGAAGCUGGGAGGCAGGGCAGCAAUUUGGUACUGGGAUAUUAAAUCUUCUAACCAACUCCCACUUUAUUAUAUAGAAGAUUGGUUUUACAUAAAUAUAGCCAUGUAUCUGUGUGUGUGUACAGAAGUGUGCACAUUGGGCCACAAGUAUAUGGUUCUGGCUAGCCUUAGCCUUUCAGUCUGAAAAAUGCUAACAUUUUCCCCGUGCACCAGGCUGAAGGACUUAUUUGGACAACUAGUGACAUAGGACCUAUGUUUAAUCAAGCAUUAAUACCCUUAUAAAUAAAACUGCAACACAUUUCAUCUAAAAACUGAAGUAACUAUUCAGCUGCUUACAAAAUGUGGAGUUGUCAUAACACUGCACUAAGUAUGCAAGGCAUAUUUAAUCAUCAGGUCCUAAGCAAAGUCUUUUUGCUUCUUGCACUUAGAAAUAUCAUCCAAACUGUAAAGGCAAGGUUCCAAGCGAAUUCCCCAAAAACAAGGCCUGGAAUUGUUUCUGUUUUGUUGAACAUUUUAUACAAUCAAGGAAUGAGGUCUGCAUCCCACUGAGGAUGCUUAGGGCACAGUGGCUCUUUUUUUUU